AUGAACAGUCUUUUACUUCUUCUUGUUUUUGCAAUCGCUGGAGCUGCUGGGCAGUAUGGACAGCUUAACAAGAAUCCACCAACUUUUGCACCCGGAGCAUUCACCUACAAACUCCCGCCAUUGAACCAGAGAACGUUUGCUCCGUGGGAUUUGGCUGAAACCUCCAGAAGACCGCAUCCUCCUCAUCACCAUUCUCAUGGAACCCCUGCCCCACAGGAGUCUUCCUCUUCAAAGCAUCUUGAGCUCUUCCAUAUCACUGAUUCUCCACAGGCUCUUAUCAAGAAGUUCCCACCAGUCAAUACAAGAGGAACCUACCGACCGCCAUCAGAGUUAAUUGGACACUUCCCGACGUCUUCGGCCCCACACUUCACCAAGAAAUCUCAAAACGAGCUCUACGAUCCUAUCACAUGGAAGCCAAUUCGAAUCACUUGGAAACCCGUCGACCUCGCUGCUUCGAAAAAGCCACGUUUUACCCAUCCACCAAAGGAGGAAUUGGGAAAACAUCAUACAUUCGCACCAGGAGUAUUCACUGAUAAGUUCACUCUUCCUCCAAUUGGCAAGAAGACGUUUGCGCUCAAAGAAGAACUAUCCCAUCACGGAGAAGUCACCAAGGUUACUGUUGCUCCGACUGCAGAUGGGCUCACCAAGAAGGAUAAAGGAUCUUUCAUCACUGAAAACCCGAACUUCACUCAUCAGCCCUAA